AUGGCGAACGCCGGCAGAGUGAACAUUGACGGAGGAGACAUGAUGCGAUAUGCUGAAUAUACUCCAAAAACAGAGGCUAGGAGCGACGCAGAUCUAGACAGACGACUGGGAGGGACUCUGAUUGCAGUGGGUCUUGGUGUGGCUGCUGCAGGUUUUGCAGGCCGCUAUGCAUUCCAGCUGUGGAAGCCUCUUGGACAGGUCUUCUCUGAAACUGUCAGAAAGAUGCCCACAUCAGCUUUCUCAGCAUAUUACAAAGGAGGUUUUGAUCAGAAGAUGUCCAAACGAGAGGCCAGCCUCAUUCUUGGCAUCAGCCCAGUCGCCACCAAGGCGAAGGUCCGUGAGGCCCAUCGGAGGACCAUGGUCCUGAACCAUCCAGAUAAAGGUGGGUCACCGUAUCUCGCCGCCAAGAUCAACGAGGCCAAAGACUUUUUGGACAAAGAGUCCCGGCGAUGACCAGCACAGUUAACAAACACUUUAAAGACCUCCAUCACCUUGUGCAUGGUCUCAGCUCUGUGGUUCUGCUCCAUCAACAUCAACACCAAGGCAUCCGCUCUGGCUCCUGGAAGCAAAAAAUAUACUUCCAAUAACAAUUUCCUUCUUAAUAACGUUAUUUAUCGCCCACUUAAUUUGACAACAUAUACUGUAAACAUGUAUGUCAACCAAGAGUGAAAGAUAUUGCCUUGAAAUGACUUGACAGUCAUUUUGAACAUGAGUUAAGGGGUUAUAACUGAGAGCAUGGCUGAGUAAAGUGUCGCCCUCUAGUGGUAGCUGUUCUACAUCAACAAGAAAUAGCUUGUAUAAAGUUUUAUUAUGAGUGUACAAAUGGAAGCAUAUAAAAGUUAUUAUUUAAUGAUGUUAACUAUUUAAGUAAGAAAAACACAUUAAAAAUAUUUCCAUGUUUGAACAGUUUGUGGAAGUGGUGAAAACAUUUUUAAAUAAACUUCAUUUGAAAAACA